AUGUAUAAAAUGGAAUAUUCUUACCUCAAUUCCUCUGCCUACGAGUCCUGUAUGGCUGGGAUGGACACCUCGAGCCUGGCUUCAGCCUAUGCUGACUUCAGUUCCUGCAGCCAGGCCAGUGGCUUCCAGUAUAACCCGAUAAGGACCACUUUUGGGGCCACGUCCGGCUGCCCGUCCCUCACGCCGGGAUCCUGCAGCCUCGGCACCCUCAGGGACCACCAGAGCAGUCCGUACGCCGCAGUUCCUUACAAACUCUUCACCGACCACGGCGGCCUCAACGAAAAGCGCAAGCAGCGGCGCAUCCGCACCACUUUCACUAGCGCGCAGCUCAAAGAGCUGGAGAGGGUCUUCGCAGAGACGCACUACCCUGACAUCUACACCCGGGAGGAGCUGGCUCUGAAGAUCGACCUCACCGAGGCGCGAGUCCAGGUGUGGUUCCAGAACCGCCGCGCCAAGUUCCGGAAGCAGGAGCGGGCAGCAGCGGCCGCCGCGGCCGCGGCCAAGAACGGCUCUUCGGGAAAGAAGUCCGAUUCGUCCCGGGACGAUGAGAGCAAAGAGGCCAAGAGUACCGACCCGGACAGCACUGGGGGCCCCGGCCCCAACCCCAACCCCACUCCCAGCUGCGGGGCGAGUGGCGGCGGCGGCGGCGGGCCCAGCCCGGCAGGAGCCCCGGGGGCUGCGGGGCCCGGGGGCCCGGGAGGUGAACCCGGCAAGGGAGGCGCGGCGGCGGCGGCGGCGGCGGCUGCGGCGGCGGCUGCUGCGGCUGCGGCGGCGGCGGCAGCGGCCGGGGGUCUGGCUGCAGCCGGGGGCCCUGGACAAGGCUGGGCUCCCGGCCCCGGGCCCAUCACCUCCAUCCCGGAUUCUCUCGGGGGCCCCUUCGCCAGUGUCCUAUCUUCGCUCCAAAGACCCAACGGUGCCAAAGCCGCCUUAGUGAAGAGCAGUAUGUUCUGA